GACCUCAUUUCUUGUCCAGAUACAUCCAUCCCCUCCGUCAAACCCACGCCAUUCUCAUUCCCAUCCCAUUCUCUCUCCAUCACUAAUCAAAAUCAAUAUCAAAGAAUCUAAAUCCCCAAAUUUAAACAAAUCUCUUCAUCUCCACACACACACACACUCACACACAGAGGUACGCCCAAAUACAUAUACAUAUAUCUAUAAUUCUGUAUCUAUCUUUAUCUAUAUCUAUACAUAUGUAAAUUAGGGUUUAUUAUUACAAAUCAUAAAUUUAAUGGACAAUGAAUUUAUUAAUCACUGUAAUCACUUCAUUGUUAUUCUCUUCAGGCACUGUUAUUAGUCUUUCAUAAUUCGAAACGACACCGUUUCCUUAUUCUAUCUAUAUACAUAUCUAUACACAUAUAUCUAUAUAUAUAUAUAUAUAUAUAUUCUAUAUCUAUCUCUAUAUAAAUGGACAUGACUCGUGCAACACAAUCAAACUUAUCCUUAGGGUUUGUACCCCACAACAUACCAAACGACACAGUUUCAUUUCAAAUUGAUUCGAGUUUUCGAAAUGGUUCGAGUCAUGCUGGUUCCGCGGUUCCGUUACAGUUAAUGGAACAGCAGACGGUAACAGACGCUAAAAACGUUGAUUUGAAUGAAACGAAUGGUGUGAGUAUGGACUUGAAUGAAGAGAGUAGAGUUGGUGGUGAUGAUGAUGAGGAGGAGGGGGAGAAAGAUGUUGAGGAGUUUCGAAUUUUAGGUCAUUCGAUGUGUUUGAAAAGACGACGAGAUAAUAAUAAUAAUAACAAUAAUAGUGUUAAUAAUAAUCAUAAUAGUAGUUUGGCUAUUGCUGAUUCGGGGUCUUCGAAUGUGUUAUCUAAACGAGUUCAUGUAGAGUCAACAUGGCAAGGACAGAGUUUGGAAUCGCGUAGGCAGGCGGUUAGGGCUUGGGGGAAUCAGUCUUUGCAGGCUGCUGAUCCGGAUAUAUUUGAGAUUUUGGAGAAAGAAAAGUGUAGACAGUAUAAAGGGAUUGAAUUGAUUGCGUCGGAGAAUUUUGUUUGUAAAGCUGUUAUGGAAGCGUUAGGUAGUCAUGUGACGAAUAAGUAUUCUGAAGGUAUGCCUGGUGCUAGGUACUAUACUGGGAAUCAGUAUAUUGAUGAAAUUGAGAUGAUUUGUUGUCAACGUGCUUUGACUGCUUUUGGACUUGAUUCGGAGAGUUGGGGUGUGAAUGUUCAGCCGUAUUCAUGUACUUCUGCAAAUUUUGCUGUUUAUACUGGUUUGUUGUUGCCAGGUGAUCGGAUUAUGGGGCUGGAUACUCCUUCGGGAGGUAAUACAAGUCAUGGAUAUUAUACACCGAAUGGGAGGAAAGUUUCUGGUGCUUCAAUCUUCUUUGAAAGUCUUUCAUAUAAAGUUAACCCGAAAACGGGGAUUAUUGAUUUUGAGAAACUUGAAGAGAGAGCACUUGAUUUUCGUCCCAAGAUUCUUAUUUGUGGUGGUAGCUCGUAUCCUCGGGAAUGGGAGUAUUGUAAGUUUAGGCAGAUUGCUGAUAAGUGUGGUGCGGUUUUGAUGUGUGACAUGGCUCAAAUUAGUGGGCUUAUUGCUGCCAAGGAAUGUGCAAGCCCCUUUGAGUUAUGUGACAUUGUAACCUCAACUACUCAUAAAAGUCUUCGUGGCCCUCGAGGAGGUAUAAUUUUUUACAGAAAGGGUCUUAAGGCUAAGAAAAGAGGCAUGCUUUUGAAUCAAGGUGAUGGUAGUGACAAAUAUGACUUUGAAGAGAAGAUUAAUUUUGCUGUAUGCCCUGCGCUUCAAGGUGGGCCACACAACAAUCACAUUGCUGCCCUUGCGAUUGCACUUAAACAGUUGGCUACUCCAGAGUACAUGGAAUACAUGCAACAGGUGAAGAAAAAUGCCCAAGCAUUGGCAUCUGCUUUAUUGAGAAAGAACUGCAGGCUGGUAACAGGAGGGACUGACAAUCAUUUAAUACUUUGGGAUCUUAGAAAUCUUGGAUUGACUGGUAAAAACUUGGAGAAAGUAUGUGAAAUGUGUCAUAUUACUGUCAACAAAAUUGCCAUAUUUGAUGAUAAUGGUACUCUGAUCCCAGGAGGAGUGAGGAUUGGUACUCCUGCGAUGACUUCACGAGGUUGCCUGGAAUCUGAUUUCGAGACAAUGGCGGACUUUCUUUUUCGAGCAGCUCAAAUUACAAGUACAGUGCAGAGGGAACAUGGAAAAGUGCUCAAAUCUUUCUUGAAAGGACUUGAAAACAACAAAGACAUUACUGAUCUUAGAGCCCAAGUUGAGAACUUUGCAACUCAGUUUGCGAUGCCAGGUCAAGAUUUGUAGUAAAACCCUUUAUGUGCCUCGGUGUCCAUAAAGGAAGAUUGCAAGUGCAUAUUGGUGUUGAUGUGUUAUGCUGGAACCUAUGAAGUCUUCUCUGGAUGCCAUGUUGCCAUAGGUUUUCCAUCAAAACCAAGUUGGUCGCAGGUAAACAGAAUUUCCUGCAUAUUUAGUUAAUAUUACGUGGAAGGUGAAUUAGAAAAACGAAAAAGAAAAAUCGAAGAAUGACAGCUGGGUCAGUUACUAUUCUUUUGACUUUGUGAUUAAAUGUUGAUAAUAUUGAAUAGCAUUUUUUGUUUUGUUGGUA